AGAGCCCUGGCUUGUGGCCCUGACAGCUGCCCAGCCUCAGGCGCCAUGGAGGAUGCUGCGUUCGCAGCCCGGCUGGGCACGAUCCUGCGGCACCUCUGCCCCCGGACGGGCGCUGCCGCCCUCACAACAUUUCCUACUUCAGCACAAAUUGCUUCUUUUAAACACCCAAUGGAGUUUCAUUACACCCUGGACAAUAACCUUUUAACUCCAGAGCAGAGACAGUUUUAUGAUGAAAAUGGUUACCUGCUCAUUAAAAACCUGGUUUCUGGUGAAGACAUUGAGCGUUUCAGAAAUGAAUUUGCAAAGAUCUGUAAAAAGGAGGUACAAGUGCCUGGCUUAAUCAUAAUGAGGGAUGUGGCCAUUGCUAAAUCAGAGUUUGUUCCAGAUCAAAAAGCAGUUACUAAAAUACAGGAUUUUCAGGAAGAUGAAGAGCUCUUCAGAUAUUGUACUAUGCCUCAGAUCCUAAAAUACGUUGAGUGCUUCACAGGGCCAAACAUCAUGGCCAUGCACACGAUGUUGAUAAAUAAACCUCCAGAUUCUGGCAAGAAGAGCUCCCGUCAUCCCAUGCAUCAGGAUUUGCACUACUUUCCAUUCCGGCCUGCAGAUCUCAUUGUGUGUGCCUGGACUGCCAUGGAGCCGAUAGAUCGCAGCAAUGGCUGCCUGGUUGUUUUGCCAGGAACACACAAGGGUUCCCUGAAGCCACAUGAUUACCCUGAUUGGGAGGGUGGCGUUAACAAGAUGUACCAUGGGGUGCGUGAUUACAACAAAAACCUUCCCAGGGUUCACCUUGUUAUGGAGAAGGGAGACACAGUAUUCUUCCAUCCCUUGUUGAUUCAUGGCUCUGGAAUGAACAGAACUCAAGGCUUCCGGAAGGCGAUAUCUUGUCACUAUGCUAGUGCAGAUUGCCACUAUAUUGAAGUCAAGGGCACAAGUCAAGAAAACAUUGAGAAAGAAGUUGUAGAAAUUGCACAAAGAAAAUAUGGUGUGAGCACGCCUAUCACUCUGAAGGAUACUUGGAUGAUACGAGGGCGGCUUGUAAAAGGAGAAAGCACUAAUCUUUAGAAUAGUUUCUGGAUGGCAGAGUUAGAAAAAUGUGUGCCUGAGUAUUGUGUUCCCUGAUCAGAAACCAUGAUUCUCACAAAUUUGCAUUUGCAUUUUUUUGUUUGAAUUUAUUCAAAUAUUGCACCAAAUGUUCAUUUACAACAAUACAACAAAAUAUUGUAAUAUGAAUGCACUGAAGUUUAACAAAAUUUAGCUAAUAUACUUCGCAUAUUUUAACCUAUUAACUACAGUAAAUACUUCUGUUUUUGUCAUUUUAAAAAUCAUUUGUUUUAAAAUCCACUGUUUAUUAAAUGGAUGAGAACUCCCAUCAAAUCA